CAUCAAAACCGGAUGUGACUUGCAGCGGGUUCAAAUGUGACUCUGGCGCGUGCGUGGCUAAAUCACUCAUCUGUGACGCCACGGACAACUGCUUUGAUUACAGCGAUGAGGCCAGUAAUGGCACCGCCCACUGUCACACGAGUGUCUGGCCAUUCCAAGGAGAGAAUUGGGGUGUGCUAGCCAGUGUCCUUGGAGCAGCUGUCGUGUUGGGCGUCACUGCAGCCUGCUGUCGUCACAUUCGCAAUAAAAAUUGCUCUGUUGAAGACUUGUAUGAUCUUAAAGAGGGCCCCUAUGUCCAUAAAUACGCUUACCGCUACGCUGUAAUAAGGGCGCCGAAGAAACCCAACCAGACCAACGUUGUUUUAGGCAGGGAUGGACACAUGCACUAUACAGGUACCAAUGUCUGA